GUAACAGCACCUAGGACGCUCCUUCGUGGGCGGCAUCAGAAGAAGAUGUUCUUUGUCGUAAACAAAGCAAACCAUAGGUGUUGAAGUAGAUGAAGAACUAGAGCUUCUACAUAAAAGUUUGUCAAGGCGUUGAAUUUAGUAAAUGCGGACGAGUGAAUUAUACUUUGUAGCAACAAGAACGAACUCACGAGAUGAAAUAUAAUAUCACGAUCGGUUUAUAAUUCAGCUGACCGGAGCUCUACUCCUGCGCAGAUCAGAGGAUCCUCAUCAAGAAAAUCAUGUCCUCGUCCACGACCACCGCAACCACUUCCGCCUCUAGCGCGCAGCUGCGGCUGCUAUCGCAGAGCGUCCUUGCCUAUCAAAUGUAAAAAUGUCUGGGUCUGGAAGAAUCCAAUUUGUGAUGCUGCAUUUGGAUUCCAAAAAAAUCUGUAUUGCAUGAGUACCAAAGGGAAUGUAAUUCUUGCUGCGCGGAGAGGGCAUUUGUCAUGCGGAAUAGGCACCAAGAAGCUCUCAAAAAAUCUGUGCUGCUGGGGCAGGCAUCACAGACAUCAGGGCUCAUCCAAAACGUGCAUGACAAGUGUCAGAAUCUUCCAGACCCAGACAUUUUUACAUUUGAUAUUGCCAGCACGGUCUCCCGGGCGCGGACGGAAACGGCAAUCAAAUUCUGCUUAAAACUGGUCGAGGAGGCAUCUUGUUUAUGAACUGCAAAAGAAGUAUCGUACUCGUAUAAAUGCAUUACAAAUUUCCUCAGCGUGAGAAAUGAAAUUUGUAAUGCUGAUUUACCUUAAGAAAAAGACUUGUAAUGCAUGACUACGAUUACUACGAGUGCGAUACUUUUGCACAGGAUAUUGUUCGACACGAUCAUCGAGAAAUAAAAAUCCUGCACCUUUCUUCCACGCCGAAGCGGAGAGCCUUCUUGCCCGGUUGGCCGCGGUGCCGAUUGCGGAGAGCUUGUCGCUAAGCGGGUUCUUUUCAGAAGAACAAGUAGUUCGUCGUGGCGAGGCUUCAUUUGGUCAUCUUCCAGCAGGAGCAGGAGCAGAAGGAGGAGGACCACAAGCGGCUACACCUUCAGGGCUUGCCGGGGACGGUGAAGAGCAACAUUCACAGCGGCACAAUGCUGAAGACGCUUCUUUGCAUCAUCUCGACCUAGAGGCCCGCGUGGCCACGAUGAGCCGUGCGCUGGACCUUGUCAUGAUUCAAGAAACGGCGCAAGAGGAGAUAGAGACCCAUGAGAAAGUAAAAACUACUGCGGAUGCGGUAGUAGAUCUCCACCACAGCCAGCGCCAGGACUUCCAGCAGGUCCGUGAAGAGGACCAGGACUACAAUUGGGGUAGUGAGUUCCUUCUCAGCAGGCUUGCAACCCUUGCGCUUGAGGAUUUGAAGUCCGCCGUCCGUGUUUUGAAAGAGCUACACGACUACACUCGGCUUGGGCGUGGUUCUCGCAGCUCUUGUACUAGAAGUAAACAGCCGGCUGGUGUUGGGCUUGGGGCACGCGGAAUACUAAACCAAGACGAUUGCUCCGUGGUUGAAACACUGGUGUUUUUCAUCGGUCAAAUUCUUCUUCUGUAUCGGAGGACGACCAAAAGCAGUCGCGAAAUGAAGAUGAUUUCCUUUUGGGGACGACGAGAUGAAGAACUACUACAUCAUGAUGAGCAAAUGCAAAACUCCUCCACCCCCUCUCGUUCAUCAUCAGUCUCGCUGGCUUUUGAAAUUGAAGAGGAGAAUGCCCUUGCGGAAGACACUUUGCGGCAAUGCGCGGCAGCAAUGGAGGUGGUAGCGUUCGCUUAUGCUGGUACAACUGGUUCGGGUGGCGCUAGUAGUGGUUCCGCGGCCGCAGCUUCGAGCAAAACUAAUAAAAGCAGUUCAUUCAGUUCUUGGUCCGAGGAGACUUUUUCCUCUGUCUCGCAACGCCUUGGGAAAGCGUUGCUCGACGGCUUCGAGAUCAGGCACGAAAUAGAAACGACGGAUCAUGCCCCCGCAGGGCUUCAUAAUUCCGUUCCGAGGCCCCGGCCUCGCUGGGUACCCAGUCGAUCCCUGUUUGCGGAUCAGGUGUGGCAGUUGAUGGCGGGGAGAAUUGUUCUUGUCACGACCGGGAUGGCAACGCAAAAAAACUCUUCAACAUCUCCGGAAAGAUCGGAAAUAUUAAGUUCCACGAGGUCGAACCACGGGAACGGAACCACAAAAACGCUGCCCUUUUUUACCGUUGGCGCAGUAGAGCAGCAGCAUUUCUCAUCAAUUACAUCAAGUAGUCCGAGAACAAAUAAGAUCAACUUGAUGUCUAGGAACAACGGAGGUCGUGCCGGUGGCGCGCAACAAGCGGAAGCGACGAAAGGGAAAAAUCUUAGCUGGCUAGCAACAGUGGAAAACCAACUGGUGUUUCGUCCCGUUCUUACCUCUACAACUGCAACGGAACAAGAGGGCACUGUAGCACCAGUCUACAAAAUUCCAGCACCUUGGCAACUUGUUGACAAAAGAGGAAGAACAGCGGCAACAUCAGAAAAAUCGCUUCUGUCACUCUUGCACAAGGUGUUUUCGGACGAAGUGCUAACGAAGGUUGUUGUACCAGGAGAUGCCCCAACUUGCACGAGGAGCGGUCAAUUUGAGGAACAACUAGCACCGGAACAACAAGUCGGCGACGCGGCGGGACGAGCCCGAGCCGCGCCGGCCUCAGGCACAACUUCUACACGUCACGACACCGCGUUGUUUCGCAAUCUUCGUGAGCGGUGCGAGAGGCAUUCUUAUUAAGGAGGAGUUUUUGCUAUAUAUAGCGAAAUAUAUAAAAAAUAUCCCGACCCAUAAUGCGUAGUCACGAUACUGGUUAGAAUACAAGUGCCGCGACAUUGUAUCCUCGCUUUGCUUUCUCUCUUUUUUCCCUCUUGCCACUUCUCAGUCCCCGGCCGCUCGCUGAGCGGCGGACCGGAUAAAUUUUGGGUAUUGGGGGUUUCAUCAUGUUGAACUGAAAAUACAGGUCAGCUACUGGUCAGCUAUUGUUGAAAAUUUAAUAUUUUCAGCAAUAGCCGACCAGUAGCUGACCUAUAUUUUCAGUUGCUUGCAAGCGUUGUCCUUUUGGUGUGGUUUGCAAGUAGACCUGCGGCACCGCUGACAAAGUAGGGACGCCCCUCCUGGCCGUGUGGUGCAAUAAGUAAACGCCAUGCAGUGGUCGCGAUAGGAGUGGGCUACCACUCUCGUUACUGGUGCACUACUACGCGGAACGGUAGUGCUGCGUGUCGGGUACUUUGCCCGCGUGCCUGAAUUAUAGGUCGAGAUAUUUUUUUCUAUGUUUUUAUAUAUAGCAAUAACUCAUCUUUAAUCUUACGCGGUGGAUGUGUUGCUCGAACUUUUUGUCCAGUACUAUUCGACGACGAUUUUUGAUCAUGUUAUGCAGCAUGAUCUUCAAGGGGAAAUAAGGGAAACAGCUCACCACGCAACUGGUGCAGAACAAGGAACAACAGUAGACUACAACGGCUUCAACAACAGGUGGAACAUCAAAAAAGCGGAUUCACAUCAAGCCCAACAAAUUUUCUCGGCGUACCGAGACCUCGCGCGGCAGGUGAUUUAUCUCCAGGCGAACCCGACUCCGAUGCUGGUGCAGGGAACCAAGCUGCAAUCGCUUUUCAAUUUUGAAGAUGAUGGGAAUAAAGAACAAACACAGAACUGCUUUUCGUCUUCAACAUCAACCCGAGGUCAACGUCGUCCAACGGGGAUGAAGCAGAGGCUCCGCUGGUCCUGCGCGAUAUCCGAAGACAUGGCCCGGCUCGGGGUGUAUGGAAUUUGCGUGACGAACUAUCCGGUUUUGCUAAAGUGCUUAGCAAACGCAUCCGAAUUCCAACAAUUCGUCAAGCGACUGGACGAAACUGAUGCGGUAGAAGUACAACAACCUCCGUUUACAGCUAUUUCAUCUUCGGUCGGGGCGAGGAGCGAUCGAAACCAGGUCGGUGAGGGUAGAAGAGAUGAGAAGGGUAUAAUUAAGGGAGAUGAACAUAUUAGUCGCGGUCGUCGUCCCGUCGUGUCGAGUGCCACGACUAGCUCGACUUCGAAAACUAGUAAAACGCCCAUGGUGACACCAACUGCUACAACUACUUCCAGUCGUGGUGCUAGAGAGCAGCUUCCUCAGCAGUCGCAGCAGUGGUCCGAAUCCGAAGAAAUGAAGAAAGUAGAUGAAAGUAGAAAGCCUUGGAAAGAUGAGCAGGAGCUCGACCUCACUUGAGGAAGCACUUCUUUGUAUAGUUACACUGUAUCAGUACGUGCUAUCAUGGUCAUGCACGAGCAGCAGGGCCGUGCGGAAAAAUUGUCACCUUUAUUUUUGAUUCAACAUUUCGCUGGCAGCACGGUUGUCAUGACCUGCUGGACAACGGUUUUCUUCCUGGCUCGCUGUGCCGGG